UAGUCAUACUGUUAUUGGUUUAUUGUUCUCAAUCUACAUGUACAUGUAAUCUUAUUAUUCUUUUUUUUUUCCACAACAUAUUUUUUUUUAAUUGGUGUACGCAGUUUUUAUCCUAGAUCAUUCAAUCCAAUGCCACAAAUAGCAUUUCUUUCUUAAAAUGUGUGGAAAUGAACAGUGGAAUAUUCACGGCUAAUUGUUAACGGGCACGAAGGAAACUCUGGUUACAUCAAAAGUCAAUAUAUUUAGAUUCUCUAAGCUAGUAUUCUUAUUAAACAUUUAACAACAAAGAAACGCAUUGUUAACAUACGAUGGUUUGUUUUUACUCCUCUUAUGCAUACAUAAUGAUCAAUAUUGUAGCCUUUCUUCUCCUGUCGCGAUGGUCAUCUGCAACCGCAAAAUCCAUGAUUUCUAGCCAGAUACUAAUGAAAGGAACGACAUGCCCAUUUCCGUCCUUGUUGAUAUCGAAGGCUUGCAAAGGUACUGCAUCUAUCUCGUCCCAAGAACAAGAAUGUAUAGAAUCCCUAACCUUUAAUCGGCACACAGCCUCCGCAUCAACUGUCUUUGAGUUGGCUAAGGUGUCUCUGUCUUUGGCAAUGGAGAAGGCAGAGCACACGAUGAUUCUAAUCGGUUCUCCAAAAAAACCAUGUUUCAAGAGUUGUGCGGAAAACUAUAAAGAUUCUGUCGCCGAAGGGCUAAAGAAGGCAGAGUGGUCGAUGGAGAAAGGAGAUCUGGAUGAGACCGAUGAUGAGCUUAGCCUCGCACGUGACGCAGCUGAUUAUUGUCAUAUGGUUUUGUCUGUUGAUCCAGACGAUGCAAGAUCUCCGAUUUUCUCCGCCAACAGAGAUGUGUAUAAUCAUAUUACAUAUGCCAUGAGUGUGGCAGACUUGUUGUAGAGUCCAAAUCUCCAAAGAUAGUUUCUUUUGUUGUUGUUAAAAAUGUAUAUAUCAAUAAAUUUGAAAGACAUCGCACUGCGGUUAAUAAACA